AAAAUAAAGAAAUGAGAGGUGGUUGUGUCAUCAUGCAAUGGGUGGUCUCAUUUCGCAGAGGCUUCCCGGGAGCGCUAAAAGUUGUGGCUAUGAGCUUCUUUGAUUAGUUUGUCGUACGAAUUUUCCACGCAAGUCAUUCAAACCCCAACGUUUCUUUCUCAGCAGAGGCGCCACCAACAGCAAGAUAGAGACUUUGGACUUUUCUUCUCACCCGAUUUAUCACUCUUCUCCUCUUCACUUCACCAAUUCAUUCUUUCUAUCUCGUUUUCUUCCAUCAUUUCAUCCCUUCUUAGUUACCACAUCUUCAAAUCAACUGUACUUUCCAAUCGGGUUUGUAAAAAUACUUCUUUUUUCUUUUCAAAAACUCCCUUUAUGACUGUAAAAUUCCAAUUUAUCCGUCUGAAGCCUGGAGAUCUUAUAGUCUACUGCCUCCAUGACAGGCACUAACAUGAGGAGUUCCUAACAUGACUACUGUACCUACUGCUGAUCUAACUGAUGCAAAUACAACACAUGUAGCAAAUGGUGAUUUGAGGGUGCUACAUCCGGUGUUCAAGGUUUAUGGUCAGGUCACGUCGUUCUCUGGCCCCAUUGUAACUGUGAAGGUGUUUGAGGACAACGUGUUGGUGAGGGAACUUCUUGAGACCAAAGGGGGAGGAAGAGUAUUGGUCGUUGAUGGAGGGGGAAGCUUGAGGUGUGCUUUGCUGGGAGGGAAUUUGGCACAGAUAGCACAUAGCCAUGGGUGGGCUGGAAUUGUGGUGAAUGGAUGCGUUAGAGAUGUGGAUGAGAUCAAUGCAUGUGGCAUUGGCGUCAGAGCCUUGGCUUCUAAUCCACUCAAAUCCAACAAAAAAGGCACUGGGGAAAAGAAUGUCCCUGUUUACGUUGGGGGAACAUUUAUUCGGGAAGGAGAAUGGUUGUAUGCAGACAAUGACGGCAUCCUCAUAUCAAGAUUUGAGUUGUCAAACUAAAAAGUUAGUUAAGUAUUGUUGCCAUUGGGAUGCUUUAUCAGAUUUGAAGUCAUGGAAAGUUUGAUUUAAUUUGUGAUGGUAAGUGGAAAUGCUGUGUGGAAAGAAUAAAACUUAAUUUAUUGCGUGAA